GCCGAGGAUGUCGCUCGGUCAUGUGAUCAGCUGUGUCCAAUCACAGCUGAUCAUAUGUAAACACGGAAAUGCCGGUUAUCAAAAUUUCUCUCCUCUUGAGCUGUCACGCUGAUAGCUCGAGAGGUGAGGAGAGCCGGGGACAAGUGUGCCCUGAUGAUCAGUGUGGCCCCAGAAGUACCACCUGUCAGUGUCCAUCAGUGCCAGCAGUCAGUGCUCAUCAGUGCCACGGGCCAGUACCCGUCAGUGCCACAUCAAUGCCACAUAUCAGUGCCCAUCUGAGCUGCCUUUCAAUGUCACUCAUCAGUGCCAGUCAGUGCCACCUAUCAAUGCCAAUCAGUGCCACCUAUCAGUGCUGCCAAUCAGUGCCACCUAUCAGUACCAGUCAGUGUCGCCUAUCAGUGCGCAUUAGUGCCGCCUAUCAGUGCCAGGCAGUG